AUGGCCAAGAAGACGAAGUCUAAGGUGGACACGAUCAACGCCAAGCUCCAGCUGGUGAUGAAGUCCGGUAAGUACGUGCUCGGAACGCAGCAGGCGCUGACGACCCUCCGUCAGGGCCGCAGCAAGCUGGUUGUGAUCGCCAACAACUGCCCGCCGAUCCGCCGCGCCGAGGUGGAGUACUACUGCACCCUCAGCAAGACCCCCAUCCACCACUACUCUGGCAACAACCUGGACCUCGGUACGGCGUGCGGCAAGCACUUCCGCACAUGCGUCCUGUCCGUGACAAAUGUUGGGGACUCCGACAUCGCUGCCUAA